UAAUAUUUGUCGGCGCAGGGCUCUUGGAGAAUAAACCACGAAAUCGUCUCGAAAUAUUACACAGAAAACUAUAUAAAUUGUUUUAUUUUUACUUCUAAAUUUUUGUUAAUUAAUUUAAAAAGUCAAAAUAUUAUACAUAAAAACUAUAAAACAAUUCUGCUACUCUAACAACAUAUUGUAAAAACAUAAUUUGUUGCUAAUCAACUUAAAACUUCAUUAACAAAAAAAAAAGAUACAAACCCAACCUUUCAACCUUAAAAACAAACCUCCCUUAAACUAAACAACAGAAACAGGAAAUUGUUAAACUUUUGGUUUUAAUUCCAAGUUCCAGAAGUAUAACAAAAUAGAGCACUAACAUAAUAAAACAAGCAUAAAACCUUUAAAUAGCAAUUAGGUGCUAUAGGCAAAGCCUUUUGAUUCAAUUUGGAAGAUAAGAAGUCUGUCAAUAGCAUUAUAACAAAAAUAUAUAAAAGAAACCAAUAAAAGAGGGGAGGCAGGAGGCGGUGGAUGUGAAGAAAUUACAACGGAAAACUAUUAAGGUUUUCGUAACUAUAUAAUGAGUCGUCAUGAAGGUGUCAGCUGCGAUUCAUGUCUUAAAUCGAAUUUCAAUGGUCGCCGCUAUAAAUGUUUAAUUUGCUAUGAUUAUGAUUUAUGUGCCGAUUGUUAUGAGGAGGGUGUCACCUCAACGCGCCACUUGGUGGAUCAUCCAAUGCAAUGUAUUUUAACGCGUUCGGAUAUUGAGUUGUUCUUUGGUGGUGAGAUGCUCAAUUCGGAGCAGCCACAAAGUUUUACCUGUCCGUAUUGUAAGAAAAUGGGCUUUAGUGAUGCCACGCUAUUGGAGCAUGUAACAUCGGAGCAUACGGAAACCAGUUUAGAAGUGGUAUGUCCGGUAUGCGCUGGCCUGCCAGGUGGUGAACCGAAUCUAGUCACAGAUGAUUUUGCCGGUCAUCUAUCACUGGAACAUCGUACUGGACCACGGGAAUUGAUUUCAUUUUUGGACGAACCAUCAGCUAUAAGACAUGGAGGAGGAGUACGUCGCAUACCAGGACGUACACUUGGUGGCCCACGGGCUCGUCGUUCAAAUAUGCACUUUAGCUCUUCAAGUGGUCUCUCAGCAUUGUCACCAUCUGGACGAGAAUCGGUUGAUCCGAUUGCUGAAUUACUCUCACAAUUAUCGGGUGUCAGACGUGGCGGUCCGCCCACUUCACAGCUGCAACAAUUGCAAAUGCAAAUACAAUUGGAACGCCAACAAGUGACGGCUACACGCCAGCAGUUGGAACGUUUACCAAGACGUGCACAUCCUUUGGUCUCAUCAUCGAAUUCAAAUGCAACCAUGGCCGAGGUAAUCAGUGGUGCUACUGGAUCGGGUUCGGGCAGUGGAGGCAGCGGUCUUAUAAGUGGCGGUAGUAAUGCCAAUGGAGGCGCUGGUGGCAGUGGCUCGUGCCGCACCAACGAAUGGUCUGUGUCUGCGCAACAUCAGUCGCAACAAUCGAGUCUGGCUGCGAAUGCUUUGAAUACUAGAGAAGUAACGUUGAAUUCUAGCAAUUUUUUGACUUUCAACGAUUUCGGUUUGUCACCACAAUUAUCCUCCUUUCUACAGCCUGGUGGCAGUGGAAUCAGUGGUAGCAAUGGUAACAGCAUGCUGGGCAUGACAAUUGGUGGCUCUGGAAGUGGCGCAAAUGCUGGCUCUAGCGCCGGUGCAGCAGGAAGCGGUGGCAAUGGCGCUGACGGUGCACAAUCGCAGUUCUUGCUCACAAAAUUUAUGCAACCAACAUUGAGCGAUGCCGAAUGGGCUGAAAUCGGUCGGGAACGUGCUGAUCGUUCACAAUUCGUACAGGCCUUACUGCUCUCAACUUUAUCUUGUUCAUCUCUGGAUUUUGAGGAUGAUCAUGAGAAGCGUGCCGAAUCCCAGGAGACUACCAACAGUGAUAAUGUAAAUAAUGAAAAGGCGGCAGCAGCAGCAGCUGCUAAUAGCAACAACACAAACACAGCCAAUGAUAGUGAAAAUUUUGUCGAUAACGAUGUGCGAGAAACGAUGAUGAAUAACAAUGCUGCUGAUGCCUCGGCACAAACCACAAAUACCACAAGCAGUGGACGUCAACAAGUCCAUCAACAGCAACAGACUUCGCCUGAAGACUUUGUUGUCGAAGAUCUAAAACAACAACAGGCGUAUUCAAGCAAAAAGAAAGUGGCUAAUAGUGCAGCUGGCAUUAAGUCAACUAGCGGCGGUGGAGGAGUCGCAGGCAAUCCUGGUGCCGCAACAGAUAGAGGUAUUGAAAGACGUGGUCGUCCACCACCCGCUUCCGCGGGAGCUGUCGCUGCUACUGGUUCACAGUCGCAACAACAGCAACAACAAGGUCAGCAACCACAAAAAUACAAACAAAGUGCUGCCGCUUCUGCAGCUGCAGCAGCAAUGUCGGCAGCAAAUACAAAUCAAAUACCCGAUACUAGGUAGUGUUAUCAUCUCCAUAGACCCGCCAAAUCACUACAACAACAUAAAAUCAACAUGAAUUGCAAGAAUAAAAUCAACAACAGCAGAGAGCAUUGCCGCAACAGCCGCAAUAACAAUAUUCACUCUUAGCAAGCAAUUAAACAGCUAAGAGGAACAAGAACAUAACAGAAAACAGAACAGAUUAGCAACAAAAAAACAUCUUUAAUUUAAAAAUACAAAAUAAAUCAACUAAAGCACAUGUAAUAAUGAAUUAUGUAGUAGUUAUCGUCGUCUCUGUGGCUUUGUAACAAAAAAAGAAAAAAACAUCAAGAAAAAAAAACACCGUCUAAAACGAAACUAUCAAUUUGGCCUGAAUUCUCUUAGUUCCAUUUGACAAAAAUAAUGUUUUUUUGAUUCAUUUUUAUUAUGUUUCAUCCCUUCACGUUAAUUGUUUCGCAUUGGGAACUGAUUUUAAUUAGAUGCAAUUGAUGGUUGAUGUUUUCUUUAGUUUCGUUUAUUUUUUAACAUUUGGACGAUCUAUGUUCAUAAAAUCUCAACAUGUGCGUGCACAGCAGCAGUUGCAACAACAACAACAACAUAAUAUUCGUUUAUUAAAAUAAAUAUAAUAUUAUAACUAUUUAAAAAAUUUAUA